CACAAUAAUUAAUUUAUGGGAGGUGUUGCCCAAGCAUUCAAAGAGAAGAAAUUAAGUGGAUCCCAGCAGGAAGGAGCAGAUGGAGCGAAGGUUAAGACAGAAUCUGCUGCAGCCAAGCCAUCAGGUCCCGUUGCAGAGACAUUCCGAGUUAUUCAAGGGGCACUGACUGAAGAGCAUGUGAAAAGUACUCAGGGUGUCUUUCAGUUUGAGCUGUCUGGUGACGGUGGAGGCACUUGGUAUAUUGACCUGAAGACCAAGGGUGGGAGCGCUGGCUUCGGAAAGCCUCCGGUGACAGCUGAUGUGGUUAUGAGCAUGUCGAGCGUCGACUUUGUGAAAAUGUUCACAGGUGAGGGACAAAGGCCUUUGUCAAGGGACACAGCUCCCAGGGCCCAGAAAAGCUUCUGCUGAUGGGGGAGUAGAGCAGCUUCUUGCUUUGUGAUCUGGGAUUGGAGGAACUCUCAGCUUUUUGUGGCUCAAGGGAAAGUGCAGGCGGGAACUG